AUGUUCCAGUUUCUGCACAUUUUCGUGUUGUGGCUCGUCCUUCCUUCAGCACUAUGUGCCAACCUGCAUUGCUACUACAGCCCCAUCCUGGAGAAGAAGGAGAAAUUCAAGCUCAUCGUGACAGAGUGCCCUCCUGACGAGCUGUGCUUCAAGGCAGAUGGUCGCUACGGUAAUCACAGCGCCCUGACGGCUAGGGGAUGCAUGGCAAAGAAGGACUGUAGCCAGGUGGAUGAAAUCCGUUUAAAAGGAACUGUCUACACCAUGAGCUACGCUUGCUGCGAUGGACCAUACUGUAAUUCCUGCCUGGUCACCACAGCCAGUCUCCUCACUAUCACUAUGACACUUGUCACAGGAGCUGUGAUGGCCGGCAACUUGUGA